AACGGCUGCCGAGCGUGCGCACAGCUAGACAGUUACACGCCGAGCUGUGGGGUUGAUCCGUGUCGCGAGAGCCCAGCCUACAGUCGAUACAGACCGAUCUGUUUUCGCAGCAGCCUCAGUGGAGAUCACGGCGGUAACAGCCUCCUGUCCCCCCUCUCGGCCCGCGGAGCCUUUGCGGUGUUGCCAGUGGUGCGUCCUCGGCGGGAGACGCUGCUAAAAAGAUCGAGGCCCCAACAGUCAGUGGAGUUGUGUACGCCGACGAGAGCAAGCAGCAGAGAUCGCAAGACGCGCUGUAGCCACCCUGCGCCUUAGCCCUUCCCCCUCAUAAGAUGUCCGCGUCCCCCGUGGCCAGACAAGCGACGCAGUGCCAGAGCAUCCCUUCGAGGAGGGUCGUUAUAAACGACGCAUCUCAGCUGCCCGCAGACUACUCGUCCACUCCAGGAGGAACGCUGUACUCGACUACACCUGGUGGCACAAGAAUUGUGUAUGACAGGGCAUUCCUGAUGCAGCUGAGGAACUCCCCAUUGGCACGCACACCACCAAAGAACCUCUCAAGUAUUCCAAGUGACCUCAUCAAGGGAGCUAAUGUCCCUAAGGAUGACAUCAAAUCAGAGGUGGAACCCAUUCUGGAGGAACCCCAGGACCAGUUUGCCAUUGAGUUGUAGUGCUCUGUGGACAUAGUGGAAGAACAUGACAGGCAACAUCCUGCCAAGUGCCAUAUGCUAUUUGCACUGAAACAGUUUUCUCCCUGUCUGUCUAUAGCACUGUCAACUUGCUACUUUGCAAUCAACUUUCACGAUCAGGGAUUGGUACUGGUAUUCUGAUGGAAAGUAUUGUUCAUGUGGAGUGCCCUGCUUAAGUCAGUUUAUAGUUGGGUUACAGUGUGUGGCUUUUUAUUACAGAAUUUUGUAAUACCUUACUGUUUAAUCUGUUUACUUACUUUUACGUCUACUUUAAAGAAAGCACCAAGAAAAAACAUAAAAAUGAUAUAAGUGCAAAAUAGGUAUAUUAAUUGUGAAGCUUGUUUGGUAGCAGGAAUUAUCUGGAUAAUGGAUGUUUGUAUUGCAGUUAUAUGUGAGUGCCAUGUUAUGAUAUGAACUGCCAGUUGGAGAAUGUCACUAUUGUAAGACUGCAAUCUUUCUCCAUCCUGGGAACUAGUCCCUAAGUGUGUGCACAUGUUCCAUCUUGCCCUUCAAAUUUGGAGGUUGUAAAAUAUUUGGUGCACUGGGUGCAUUUAAAUACAAAUUGUGUGAUAAUUGAGAUUGUAGGCUCAGCCAGAUCUCAAUAAAGCAAUUUUUAACAGAA